AUGGCCAAGAGAAAAAUGUAUUCUGAAAACCGAAUCUUUCAAAGCCGGUGGGAGAAUGAGUAUAUGUUUACUGAAAUUGCAGGUAAAUUAGUGUGUCUCCUUUGCGGGAGUAACGUCGCUGUAAUGAAGGAGUAUAACCUAAGACGGCACUACGAGACAAAACAUGAGGACAAGUUAAAAAACCUGAGCGCAGGACAGAAGCUACAAAAGGUAGAGGAGUUGAAGAAGAAUUUGACAUCCCAGCAGACGUUUUUCACCAAAGCGAAAUCACAAAGUGAAGCUGCUGUGAAAGCAAGUUUCAUUGUGGCCGAAGAGAUCGCCAAAUCAGGACGGCCGUUUACCGAGGGGGAAUUCGUGAAGAAUUGUAUGAUGAAAGUGUGCGACGUCGUUUGUCCAGAUAAAACGCGAGCAUUCGCAAAUGUAAGCCUCAGCAGAAACACUGUUGCUAAUCGGGUUUGUGAGAUGGCGACUGAUUUGAAAACACAGUUGAUUGAAAGAGCAAAGGAUUUUGUUGCAUACUCCCUGGCCGUGGAUGAAACUACUGACUCGACUGACACUGCACAGCUGGCGAUAUUCAUCCGUGGAGUGGAUUCCAAUUUGUGCGUAACAGAGGAAAUACUGGACAUUAAAUCGAUGCACGGGACAACGAAAGGAGAAGACAUCUUUGGAAAUGUAUUUCAAAGUGUAACCGACAUGAGACUGCCAUGGGAAAAACUUGUUGGACUUACAACAGAUGGCGCACCUGCGAUGUGUGGUGAAAAAAAUGGACUGGUGGGAAGGAUGCGCUCAAAGAUGCGGGAGGAGAACUGUGCCGGUGAGUUGACAGUAUAUCACUGCAUCAUACACCAGGAAUCGCUGAGUGCUAAAGUCCUAAAAAUGGAUCAUGUGAUGAAACCUGUAACACAAACCGUCAACUUUAUCAGAGCCCACGGUUUAAAUCACCGCCAAUUCCAGUCUUUUCUGCGGGAAAUAGAUUGCGAGUUUGGCGAUAUGCCGUAUCAUACGGAGGUCCGGUGGCUGAGUCGGGGAAAAGUUCUCAAAAGACACUUUGAGCUGCGAGAGGAAAUCUGCCAGUUCAUGGACAGUAAGGGGAAAGACUGCACAGUUUUGCGGGAUGAAAAGUGGAAAUGUGAGUUGGCGUUCCUGGCUGACAUUACGUCGCAUCUUAGCGCUUUAAACCUUCAACUCCAGGGACGGGAGCACAUAAUAACUGAUAUGCAUGAUGCAGUGAAGGCAUUUCAAGUGAAGCUGCGCUUAUGGGAGACCCAAAUGCACCAAUGCAACUUGUCUCACUUUCCCUGUUGCCAAGUAAUACUGAACCAAGAAAGUGACACAGUUUUCCCAAAUGCCACCUUUGCUGAAAAACUCAGCGCGCUGCGCACUGAGUUCGCCCGGCGCUUCAGUGACUUUGAGGCACAGAAAAGUAAUUUCGAGCUGCUUCGCAACCCAUUUGCAGUCGACGUGGAAACCGCACCAGUAGAAAUGCAGAUGGAGCUGAUAGAACUGCAGUGUAACGGGACACUGAAGGCAAAGUACGACACUGAGGGGCCAGCACAGUUCACCCGCUUCCUUCCUGAAGCGAUGCCGCAGCUCCGCCAACAUGCGGCUCGAAUCCUGUCCAUGUUUGGCAGCACAUACACACCACUGUAUGUGUGCGAGCAGCUGUUCUCUGUGAUGAAAAUUAACAAAACGUCACACAGGAGCCGCCUCACUGAUGAACACCUGCAAUCCAUCCUGAGAAUCUCCACAACACAGAACCUGACCCCAAACAUAAACCAACUUGUUGCAAAGAAAAGACUCCAAGUCUCAGGCUCUGACUAAAUAGGACAAGAAAAUUGAAUGUUAUGUUUUGUUAUGAUUUAACUUUUACUUUAAAUUACAUUUUUCAUUUACAUUUUCAGAUUUGUUAUAUUCCAGCAUGUACAGAUUUUGAAUGUAUUGCAUUGACAGGAUAUUGUUUUAUGAAGAGCAAAAUAUUUUAAGUUGAAUUUAUUUAUUUUGGAAUGAUAUC